GCCGGACUCGCAAGUUAUCGAUAACGGGGAUGAGCUUGCGUUGUUGUUCUUAGUUAGUGCGAAGUAAUUAGGAAUACAAGUGAACAUGGCCGCAAACUACGCAAAAACGAACAAGGGUAUCUCGACGGCGAUCCUGCGCAACCAGCUGAUGGGCCUGAUCAACUUCACUGGAACUCACAAGGACCAGGCAGACAAAUACCGCCAGUUGCUGAAGACGGUUCUUGCAAACACCGGCCAGGAGCUGAUCGAUGGUCUCCGGCUCUUCGUAGAGGCCAUUGUGAACGAGCACGUUAGUCUGGUUAUUUCGCGUCAGAUCCUCAACGAUGUGGGUGGCGAGCUUAGCAAACUUCCCGACGACCUUUCCAAGCAACUUUCCCACUUUACUCUGGAGAAGGUUCAUCCGCGCGUCAUAUCGUUCGAGGAACAGGUGGCCGGCAUCCGGUUCCAUCUGGCGAACAUUUAUGAGCGCAACCAGCAGUGGCGAGAUGCGGCUACAGUUCUAGUGGGUAUCCCGUUGGAGACGGGCCAGAAACAAUACUCCGUGGAGUGCAAGCUUGGCACCUACCUGAAGAUUGCUCGUCUUUAUUUGGAGGACAACGAUUCGGUGCAGGCGGAGCUGUUCAUUAACCGCGCCUCAUUGCUACAGGCAGAAACUAGCUCUGAGGAACUGCAGGUACUAUACAAAGUCUGUUAUGCCCGUGUCCUGGACUACCGGCGCAAAUUCAUCGAAGCCGCACAGCGAUACAACGAGCUUUCCUACCGAAAGAUUGUGGACCAAGGUGAGAGAAUGAUGGCACUGAAGAAAGCACUCAUCUGCACAGUGCUCGCCUCCGCCGGCCAGCAGCGCUCCCGCAUGUUGGCCACUUUGUUCAAAGACGAACGCUGCCAGCACUUGCCGGCCUACGGCAUUCUAGAGAAGAUGUACUUGGAGCGUAUCAUUCGGCGGUCGGAACUGCAGGAGUUUGAAGCCCUGCUGCAAGAGCACCAAAAGGCUGCCACCCCAGACGGCUCAUCGAUUCUUGAUCGAGCUGUUUUCGAGCACAAUCUGCUUUCGGCCAGCAAACUGUACAACAAUAUAACAUUCGAGGAGCUGGGCGCCUUGCUGGACAUACCGGCGGUAAAGGCGGAGAAGAUCGCCUCCCAGAUGAUCACGGAAGGCCGCAUGAACGGACACAUCGACCAGAUCUCGGGCAUUGUGCACUUCGAGAACCGCGAACUACUGCCGCAAUGGGAUAGACAGAUCCAGUCACUGUGCUACCAAGUUAAUUCCAUAAUAGAGAAGAUUAGUGUCGCCGAGCCCGAUUGGCUAGAUAACCUGAACUGAACCCGGCCCUCACCAGCACAUCUCUCCCAAUCUCACCUUCAUUUUAAUGAGAGCCGGCAAAUAGGAGCGCAGCAAAUCGGAGGACAUUACCCGCGACUGCUAUAGAUUUCAUUUUUAAUUUAUAAAAAUAAAUGAAAUUAUGUACAUUAUCGAUCCUGUGGAACCAAAAGAAAAGAAAACAAAAACAAUUAUUGCCA